GUUUCGUCAUUUCAGAAUUUCUUUUUCAUUUUUUUUUUUUUUGUGUUUUGUAUUUUUCGCUUUUUCGUCGUCCUGCUCCUGACGCCUGCAGAAAAUAGAAAACAGAGCUCAAACUAGCUCUCUACCAGCUACUGAACUUGGAAGGGAAAAACCCUAGAAUCUUGGCUUCCAUGGAGAAUCUUUCGCAUUCUCGGCCACCAAACAAGGGGUCUCAUGCUGCAGUCGCCAAGAGAGCUUGCAAUGGCGGCAAGUUCGUUGGUAAAACCGUGUAUGACGACGUGUUUGGUGGACCGCCGAGGUUCGGGGUUCCGACUCUGUCGCCUCGGCCCGAGGACUAUGACGAGAUUUUCGGCGGAUUCCAUGCGUCCCGUCCCACGUCGAUUCCUGUGCUCGAUCUUCCUUCGGUUGACGAGGAGGAGGUGUUCUUCGAUGUGCGGAGCUGCGGGUUUAACUACGGCGAGGUUUUUGGCGGAUUGGACGGCCUGGACUUUGCAGCCUCAUUUGAAGAGUUGUUGAGGCAGUCUAGCGUUGGUAGUGUUGGUCGUGAUCGUGACGGUGACGUUAAUGGCGAUUCGUCUGAAGAAGCUUGGACACCAGCUGAAACUGAAUCCCUGUCCGGAGACUCAGAUCAUUCUGGAAAGAACCAACAUUCAUCAAAUGGAGAAUCUUUUGAGCUGAUUGAUGGCAGUAUAGAGUUCAGCACAUCAUAUCAUAAAGUUAAUCAUAGAAGCAAUGGAGAUUUGUCGAAUGGGAUUACACAUAUUGCACAGCUACAUAUUCCUGGUGGUACUUGUGUGGUUGAUGAAACCAUGCCUGUGAAAAAGACAGAAAAUGAGAAUCCACCGCUGUAUGUUUGUGAUGAUGGCAAUCUUGAUCUGAGUGGGGAAACAGUGCAGAGGAAACAUCUCCGGAAAACCAUGUCACAACCUGCUAAGAGGACUGCUGGUCUACAGACGUUUGCAAAUAAACUUGCAUCACAGAGAAGCAAUGGUAAAGGUGGCUCUCUUUCUGAUGAGAUGUUUGUAACAAUUUCGGAAAUCAGCCUGAAAACCCAGCCAUCUGUGGUGCCACCUCCAUGUAGACCACCGCCAAUGGUAGAUGGUAAAAGGAAAGACCAUGAAAACAGUCAAACUACUGCUUCUGGAGAGACAUGUGGUGAUGGUUCUCCACCUUACUUCGAUGUGGAGAUAGAUGCAAGUUCAGCAGCUGCUGCUUCUGCUGCUGCUAUGAAAGAAGCAAUGGAAACAGCUCAGGUAAAGCUGAGAAGUGCAAAAGAACUAAUGGAGAGAAAGAGAGAAGGUGCACAAAAUAGCAUGAAACUGAGUUCAAAGCAUGAUACAAAAGAUAAGAAAGAAAAGUUGAGAAAGGUUGUUGAUGGAUCCAGAAAUGUAAAAGAUGAGAGGGUGCAGGACAGUAGAAAAGAAGGUAGUGGAAUGAAACCUUGUAUUGUUCAGAAGCAAGAAGUUAAGAAGACUGCUCAGGCAAUUUCCAAUUCAGUAGAAAGGGAGAAAGCUUUUAAUAUGGCUAAAGUGUCUGCAGAGGAGAAACAUGGAAAGGAAUCCCUGCCAUCUCAGGGGUCUGAUAAAACUGAUCUAGCUGAUGAAUGGCAGGAAGCUACACAAUUUUUUGAAUUGGUGAGAACAGAUAAAUCAAAAAUGGUUUUUGUGGAGGCAAGCAAUUGUAGUGUUUCAGUUGCAAACACAAAAAGAAAUGAGCAUCACCUGAAGGCAGAAAAGGUUGCCACUGUACUGAAGCAGCAAGAAGAUGGUCAGUGUAAAGAAGAAGCAAUUAGAGAAGAUCAUGAACUGGAGAAAGUUUUGAAUGACUUGAAGACAGCAAAAGAAACGUGUGAAAGGGGGUUAAGCACAGCAAGAUCAGAAGCUGCUAAAGGGGCUCACAGGCAUAAAGGGCACGAGAAGAAGGUAAAAGUGGCUCAAGUGGGUAGCAAACAGGAAGAGACUGAGGUGAAAUCCAAAAUGAUCCAGCCUUCAGAAAAUGCAAAGAAAUCAACGGGGGUGCAAGAAUCACAAAAGUCUGAGAAGCACGUAAAUGUUCGAGAAAAUGAAAUUAAAUUUGAAGUUCAGCAGGCUGUGAAGCAUAAAGAGAUUGAGCAGCUACCGAAACAGCUUAGUAAAAGUGUGGAAAAUCAGAAAAGAAGCAAGGAGUGUCAAGAAACAAAAGAUGAUGAGAAGAGACAAAGAGAGGUUUUUGGGUGGGAUGGUAAUGAUAUAAAGCUUGGGCAGUCUCAUGAAGGAGCAGAAAAUAAGAAGGCAAUGGAGGGAGCUCAUGAACAAGAAGAAAAAGAAGAUAAGGAAACAAAAGAUGAUGAGAAGAGACAAAGAGAGGUUUUUGAGUGGGAUGGCAAUGAUAUAAACCUUGGGCAGGCUCAUAAGGGAGCAGCAAAUGAGAAGGCAAUGGAGGGAGCUCAUGAGCAGGAAGAAAGAGAAGAUAAGACUUUAAAGCAGACUUGCAAACUAGAAGAAAAUGAAAAGAAAGAGAAAGAGGUUGAUGAACUAGAUGAAGGGGAGAUGAUAUGGAGAAAGGCUCUUGAGCAGCUAGAGAAUGAGAAGAGGCUGAAACAGGCUCUUGAACAGGAAGAAACAUGGAAGAAAGAAAGAGAGACUUGUCCAAAAGAAGAAAAGCAGGUUCUUGAGCAGGAAAAUAAUGAGAAGAAACAAAGUGGGGUCAACGAAAAGGAAGUAAUUGAGAAGAGACUUGAACAGGAUCACCAUGAAGAAGAUAAGACUGAGAAGCCGCUGGAAGAGGCAUUUGAGCUAGAGGAUAACAGCAGAGCAUUGAAGGAGACUCAGAAUGGGGAAGAUGAAAUGAAAACAAGACACGCACUUGAGCAGCAAAAAUAUGAAGAACUGAAGGGAGUAAAUGAAGUGCACCUGCAAACCAACAAGGAUGAAAUUGGGGAAAAAGAUCAAAUAGAUGAAGGAGCUCAUGAACAUAUGGAGGUUGAGGAUCUUGUACCAUCUGAUGAGGUACACAAGCUAGAUUCCCAUGGGAGACCUGAAUUGGUUAUUAAUUCUGAUAAAAACUGUGAUGAACAGGAAGAAGCACAAGAGACUGUUCUUGUUGAAGACUGUGGAAGGGUGCAGGCUGAAUAUAUGGAGUCUGAAAAGAGACGAGAAGCCACAAAAGAGAAUCUUGAUAGAAAAUUCAGUUUCUCUGGAAUGGGCCAAGAUGAGUUAGAACAUGUGGCAAACCAAUUAAGAACAGAAGAUGUCUCAAGCUUGUAUCAUCAAGAUGAUAGUGUGAAGAAAGCUGAUGAAGCUGGAGUUGGCAUUGGACAAAGAAAUGAUGAGAAAAUUAAAAGUAUCUCAAGAGUGGAAUCUUAUAAUGAAAAGCAAGGAAUAAAAUUUGCUUAUGAAGAGAGAGAGAGAGGAAAAAAUAUCAAUGAAGCCGAAGCUGUCUCAAAUCAUGAGGAAGACAAGGACAAGUUUGUCCCACCUCAUGUGGUGAAAGAGUCUGCUGAAGCUGGAAGGAGAAUAGAAGCUGUCCAGUCAUCUGUCCAGGAAGUGAAGGGAGACACUCUCAGAACUGCACAGCCAGUUAAGACAAAUCAGGGCAUGGAGAGGAGAGAGAAGAAUGUAAGUGAGAGCCUUACACCAGAUGAAAAAGAGACUGAAAGGAUGAAAGGAGAAGUAGAACUGGAAAAAGAACGUCUUAGAAAGAUAGAAGAAGAGAGAGAGAGGGAGCGAGAAAGGGAAAAGGAUAGGAUGACUGUCGAUAGAGUGACUCUUGAUGCUCGUGAAAGGGCAUAUGCUGAAGCCCGUGAGAGGGCAGAAAGGGCUGCCGUGGAGAGAGCAGCUGCUGAAGCUCAACAGAGAGCAAUGGCUGAAGCACAUGAAAGAUUAGUGAAGGCAUCUGCAGAGGCCAGGCUCAGAGCUGAGCGUGCUGCUGUAGAGAGAGCAACUGCAGAGGCUCAGGAGCGCGCUGUGGAAAAAGCUAUGGCUGAAAGGGCUGCAAGAGUGGAAAGAUCUGUGUCAGAUAAAUUCUCUACUUUUUCCAGAAACAGUGGACUGGAUCUGCAUAAUCAGCAAUUCCAAAGCACAGGCUCUUUUAAGGGUUUAAGAUAUUCCUCAGAAUAUAAUGGAGUUGAAGGCGAAUCACCUCAGAGGUGUAAAGCUAGGCUGGAGAGAUACCGACGAACAGCUGAACGUGCGGCAAAAGCUCUUGCGGAGAAGAAUAUGCGUGACCUUCUUGCUCAAAGAGAGCAAGCAGAAAGAAAUAGAUUGGCUGAAACCCUGGAUGCAGAUGUCAAAAGGUGGUCUAGUGGGAAAGAGGGAAAUCUACGGGCAUUGCUUUCAACUUUGCAAUAUAUUCUUGGGCCUGAUAGUGGUUGGCAGCCAAUUCCAUUGACAGAAGUUAUCACGUCAGCUGCUGUAAAGAAAGCUUACAGGAAAGCCACCCUUUGUGUUCAUCCUGAUAAACUACAGCAACGGGGUGCUAGUAUUCAGCAGAAAUAUAUUUGUGAAAAGGUCUUUGAUCUUCUAAAGGAAGCUUGGAACAAAUUCAAUUCAGAAGAGCGGUAGCAGAGUCGUAGUAAUGUAGCCAAUUGCAUAUUUACAGUUUUCUGUCCUUUAUGUAAAUUUAUACUAGUAGCUAGUAAAUAUAUCAUCAUUUCUGUUGAUAAUUGUAGUAAACCCUAUAGUUUCUGCAUGUAAUUUAUGAUGGAAUACAUAGGUAGCAGAAAGUUAAUGAAUGAAGUUUUUGUAUAAUGCAAUCAAAUAUUUAAAAUGCUAUUUUCUAUUUAUUAUUUUACAUAAAAGUUCUGUUCAGUU